GGAUCCAGGCUCCGUCCCAAGAGGCCGUGGCCUGAAGCUCAGGGCCCCCUCGGCCCCUCCCUCCCAGGCGGCCCGCCUCACCCCCACCCCAGCCCCCCGAGCUGGACUGCACACCUUGGGACUCGGUUUUCUAUUUCCUGAGGACCAGCCCCAGGCUGGAGGAGAGGUCCGAGGAGGUGGGCGUUGGACUCUUCGCGAGGACCCCCGCGGUGGGCCCGGGGGAGGAGGCCGAGGCGGCGGCGUCCAGGGGCGACAUGGCGGAGGAGCAGGACCUGUCGGAGGUGGAGCUGAGUCCCGUGGGUUCCGAGGAGCCCCGCUGCCUGUCCCCCGGGAGCGCAACCUCGCUGGGGCCCGACGGCGGCGGCUCAGGCUUGCGAGCCAGCCCGGGGCCCGGCGAGCUGGGCAAGGUCAAGAAGGAGCAGCCCGGUGGCGAAACGGACGAUGACAAGUUCCCCGUGUGCAUCCGCGAGGCGGUCAGCCAGGUGCUCAGCGGCUACGACUGGACGCUGGUGCCCAUGCCGGUGCGCGUCAACGGCGCCAGCAAGAGCAAGCCGCACGUCAAGCGGCCCAUGAACGCGUUCAUGGUAUGGGCGCAAGCGGCACGCCGCAAGCUGGCCGACCAGUACCCGCACCUGCAUAACGCCGAGCUCAGUAAGACGUUGGGCAAGCUCUGGAGGUUGCUGAAUGAGAGUGACAAGCGCCCCUUCAUCGAGGAGGCCGAGCGGCUCCGGAUGCAGCACAAGAAGGACCACCCCGACUACAAAUACCAGCCCCGGCGGCGGAAGAACGGGAAAGCGACCCAAGGGGAGGCCGAGUGUCCCGGGGGCGAGGCCGAGCCAGGCGGAGCCGCCGCCAUCCAGGCCCACUACAAGAGCGCCCACCUGGACCACCGGCACCCUGGUGAGGGCUCCCCCAUGUCCGAUGGGAACCCUGAACACCCUUCAGGCCAGAGCCAUGGCCCACCCACCCCUCCAACCACCCCCAAGACAGAGCUGCAGUCGGGCAAGGCAGACCCCAAGCGGGAUGGGCGCUCCAUGGGGGAGGGCGGGAAACCGCACAUCGACUUCGGCAACGUGGACAUCGGCGAGAUCAGCCACGAGGUCAUGUCCAACAUGGAGACCUUUGACGUGGCUGAGUUGGACCAGUACCUGCCGCCCAACGGGCACCCGGGCCAUGUGGGCAGCUACUCGGCAGCUGGCUAUGGGCUGGGCAGCGCCCUGGCCGUGGCCAGUGGACAUUCCGCCUGGAUCUCCAAGCCGCCAGGUGUGGCUCUGCCCACAGUCUCGCCAUCUGGUGUGGAUACCAAAGCGCAGGUGAAGACAGAGACGGCGGGGCCCCAGGGACCCCCGCACUACACCGACCAGCCGUCCACCUCGCAGAUCGCCUACACUUCCCUCAGUCUGCCCCACUACGGCUCUGCCUUCCCGUCCAUCUCCCGUCCCCAGUUUGACUACUCUGACCAUCAGCCCUCAGGACCCUAUUACGGCCACUCCAGCCAGGCCUCCGGGCUCUACUCGGCCUUCUCCUACAUGGGGCCCUCGCAGCGGCCCCUCUACACGGCCAUCUCUGACCCUAGCCCCUCGGGGCCCCAGUCCCAUAGCCCCACACACUGGGAGCAGCCUGUGUAUACAACACUGUCCCGGCCUUGAAGGGGGCUGUUGCCCUGGGUCCCCUACCCCCUCCCGUCUGCCCGUGUGCCCUGCUCCAUGCCCAUCUCAGGCCCGGUGGAGGAGGGAAGCCUUUCUGUGUGGCUCACUGCCCUUAUGACCCACCUGCCCUGGCCGGGCUGCAGCUAGCCAGCUGAGUAGGGAGAGGCUGACAGGCGCCCCUAAACUGCAAGAUGAAGGGCUGUGCCUGAUCCCGGGAGGGACCCAGACCCGCUCUUCAGGCAGACAGGCAGGGGGCACCACCCAGGGCUGAUGGGCAUCGAAAGCCUUGUCUCUCCCAUGAGUUCUCACUUCCUCCCAUGGGGAGGGGGGGAGCUGACAGGUCCCUAGACCAUUGUGUGUGGCACCCAACAGCUAGGGUCCCCAGGGCCUCAGUGCCUGGAGCUGGCUCAAUCUGCCACUAGGGGCUGAGGAUGGCUUUGACCUUGUAGGGAGUUAGGGUUCAGGGUGGUGCCCAGUAGGGAUUCUCAUCCCUCCAA